AAGCGCUAGGCGGCGCACGUGGGUGGCUGUACCGCGGGCGGGUACAUGGCGGGUUCUGCAGGGCUGUCGCUGUGCGGGCAUGCGCUGGUGGUGCGGGGCGGCAGCCGGUUACUGGCCACCUCCACUUCGAACAGUGAUGAUGACAGCCUCUUCAUAUAUGAUUGCAGUGCUGCAGAAAAGGAGACACAAGAGCAUAAAGGGGAGGACGGACAGCCCGUGGAUAAGGGGAGUGACACGAUUCUGGCGUCCACCUUCUCCAAGUCUGGCAGCUAUUUUGCUUUAACUGAUGACAGUAAGCGUCUGAUUCUUUUCCGUACAAAACCAUGGCAAUGUCUGAGUGUCAGGUCUGUGGUGAGGAGGUGCACAGCCCUGACCUUCACGGCCUCUGAGGAGAAGGUUCUGGUAGCAGACAAGUCUGGGGACGUUUAUUCCUUUUCGGUGCUGGAGCCGCACGGGAGCGGCAAGCUUGAACUGGGACACCUGUCGAUGCUGCUGGAUGUGGCCGUGAGUCCCGACGACCGCUAUGUCCUCACUGCCGACCGGGACGAGAAAAUCCGAGUGAGCUGGGCCGCGGCUCCACACAACAUCGAGUCCUUCUGCCUUGGGCACACCGAGUUUGUGAGUCGCAUCUUCGUGGUGCCCGACCACCCCGAGCUGCUCUUGUCCUCCUCCGGGGACCGCACCCUGAGGCUCUGGCAAUACAGAAGCGGCCGCGAGUUGCAUUGUUGUCACCUGCCCAGCCUGCAGGAGCCAACGGAGCCCUGGAGCGACAAGAGGUUUGCUGCGUCCAGGAUCACUUACUGGCGCCAGGAGGACUGCGUGGCGCUCUUGUGUGACGGUCUGUUCCCGCAACUGCUGCGUCGAAGAGGGUCUGUGCUCACCUUCUCGAGAACUGGGCCAUGUUGGAAGGUCCCCGCUGGCUGUUGGCUGGAGGACACCCCAGUCCCCAGCGCAGAGGAGCAGGGGCACGGUGCCGACAGGACGCAGCCACAGCCUCUGCACCUGGCCUCCCGGGGACGCCCGGGCUUCGCGUGUCCUGUUAGAAGCGAGUCCUCGGUGCAGCCAGGCGUGGCCACCAGGAGGCCCUGCUGGCACGGACGGGGGCUUCAGCAGCCUCUACAAGGCCACCUGCGACAACAUGACCACCUACCUGAAGAAGAAGGAAGAGCGGCUGCAGCGGCAGCUGGAGAGGAAGCGACGCGGGGGGCCGCCGUGCGGGUCCGGCGGGCAGACCAAGAGGAUGAAGGCGGGGCGCGCACCACGGAGCUGCUCGUCCUAGCUCGGCUCGGGAUGCCCCUCGGGGUUGCUCGCAGCCUCGGGCGGCGGGACGCUGUGCUCGCCCCUCCUGCCCGCAGCGCCCUGACACAGGCAAAGGGGACCUCAUUCCCGACUCGGGCUUGGGGGCGGCGAGGUCCAUCCCGACUCCGCGGACACCUGGGGCCCUGCCGGCUAGCUGGACGGGACCCUGGGCUCUAGAACAUUCUGUUGCUGAGCAGAGCCCUCUGGCUGGAGGGAGGCCAUGCAGCGUGUUAGCCGCCAUGCCUGAGCAGUAAGUGCCUCCGAGCCCCUUCCCUUCACACCGGAGGGUACGUCACCCUGCAGUUGUGGCGCUGUCCUUUCCCGCUCGUCCACGCGGCUUCCUCUAGGGGAGCCUGGAAGCAGACGGACGUCUUUCCAGCAGCGCGGUGCACACCUGUGCUUUUCUCCAGUCCCCUCGCCCUUCUCGAUGGUCCACUACGCUGUCCAGCAGGCGGCUGCGCGCCUCGGGGGCCGUAAACCUGAGGGGAGUUAAGUCCUCGGUUCCCUGGGCAGCGCUGGCUCCGGUGCUCAGGCCACUUGGGGUGCGGAGAGCUCAUCGCCGGGCUGGUGGAGACGGGCUUGUCCGCGACGCGUGAGGACAGAGAAGCCUGGCUGCACACUUACUCCGCAGGGAAGUGAUGGGUGACGUUGUGUCUGUUUGGUUUCGGGAUGAACUUUGUCCACGUGCUGCAGGCAGGAGGGUCGGCUGAAUUCUAAUUACUGAUCAAUAAAGAUGAGCUUUUUUGCAGCUUCUAGAAAUUUUAGCAGCAACACAUGGAGCUAAUCUCAAAAUAUAUGAGCAGAACCAUG